AUGGUGGGACUUAGUGUAAUAUUGGAAGAGCACAAGGAUAUUAACAAGAGAAUUUCACAAGUUAUAAGCAAAUGGAGUUUCUGUAUGAAAAUCAAAUCCCCCUCGACUCCUCAUCCUCCAAUUCCUUCUUCUCCUUGUCCUUUUUCGAGGAGGAAUAUUCCGAUAAAUCUUGAUGAGUGUUUGCUCUGCAAGAAGAAACUGUUGCCUGGGAAAGACAUCUACAUGUACAAAGGGGACAUGGGUUUUUGUAGCGUGGAGUGCAGGUGCAGGCAGAUAUCUAUGGAUGAAGAGGAAUCUGCAAGAAGUGGUUGUACAAGUGAGUACAAGUACUGUUCAUUAUUCGCCAUGAAACCCCAACAAAUGCCUCCAUCUCCAUCAUCAUCUUAUUCUUCUAGUGGAAAAGGAAGCAGAAACAUGGCAAAUACUUUUGUGUACCGAAUGCUUCUGUUAAGAGAUUUAUCUUCCACUUUUGCCCAUGCCACGUUGGUUUUAAUUACUCUUAAUCGAGUUCCAAAUGUUGAAAGUUUCGGGAUUAAUAUAUAUGGAUGUUCUAAAGAUUACUUAAUUUAG